GAAUCCGUUGACAACGCGGUCGCCCCAGGGGCGGAUGACUAUAUAUCCACGACCCAAAACCCACGACAUCACGGAAACGACCACGCGUACCACGAAACUUCCUGCAUAUCCUGAACACAAGCCAACGAAAUGCCAAGUGACGAUGCCAUUUUUAUAGACCUUUUCUAAAACAACCGAAAUAGAGAUACCUACAAGAGAUAGCGAAAGCGCGGCGCCAGUGAAAGUGCCAUCCGCCCAAUCAAGACGGCCGGAUGAUGGCAGCCAACGGUCGAAUUCGCAAGCGAAAGCAUAAGAGCCACACAAGUGGCGACAUUCCCAGUAGUUCGACUAGUAUACCCAUCCCCACAAUGGCGACCGUGGCGCCUGGAAAGGCCGAGGAGACAAUGGAGGAGGCCACCCUCGCCGGGGAUUAUAAUAAUUUCACGCAUAAUUUCGUCGAUUUGCAGAACCUCUUGAGUUUCAACGAAUUGAAUGGCAGCAGUGCCGUAGCGAUCUCCUCGAGCGCAUCGAGUGCCAUUAAACUGAAUAACGGCCCCAUUACGGACACUCUGCUGGGCACCGUUCUGACCACCACGGUGGCCCCGGCGGCCAGCUCCCUGAUAGCCGCCCUGGCGGCCACCACCACCUCCACGGCGCGGAGCAAGUCGCUGGCCAUCGCCGACGCCACCUCCUCCACCUACUACGCCAACUUGCUGAACCUCUCGCCGGCCACCACCAGCCUGAUCUCGGCGGCAUCGGCGGCCACCAAGUCGUACAACGACAGCGGAGUGCUCCGCUGGGAGCAGCUGGACGGGAGCGUGGACUUCGGAUUCGACCCCCUGUACCGCCACUCGCUGGCCAUGUCCAUGGUCUACUGCGUGGCCUACAUCGUCGUCUUCCUGGUGGGCCUCAUCGGGAACAGCUUCGUGAUCGCCGUCGUCCUGCGGGCCCCUCGCAUGCGCACCGUGACGAACUACUUCAUCGUGAAUCUGGCCAUCGCGGACAUCCUAGUCAUUGUCUUCUGCCUGCCAGCCACUCUGAUUGGCAACAUCUUUGUGCCCUGGAUGCUCGGAUGGCUGAUGUGCAAGUUUGUGCCCUACAUACAGGGUGUCUCCGUGGCAGCCUCGGUUUACAGCCUAAUUGCCGUUUCCCUGGACAGGUUCAUUGCCAUCUGGUGGCCCCUGAAGCAGAUGACGAAGCGACGUGCCCGCAUCAUGAUAAUCGGCAUAUGGGUGAUCGCCCUGGUGACCACCAUCCCGUGGCUGCUCUUCUUCGACCUGGUGCCCGCCGAGGAGGUCUUCUCCGACGCCCUCCUCUCGGCCUACUCGCAGCCGCAGUUCCUCUGCCAGGAGGUCUGGCCCCCGGGCACGGACGGGAACCUGUACUUCCUGCUGGCCAACCUGGUGGCCUGCUACCUGCUGCCCAUGUCCCUGAUAACGCUCUGCUACGUGCUCAUCUGGAUCAAGGUCUCCACGCGGUCCAUUCCCGGCGAGUCGAAGGACGCCCAAAUGGACCGCAUGCAGCAGAAGAGCAAGGUGAAGGUCAUCAAGAUGCUGGUGGCCGUGGUCAUCCUGUUCGUGCUCUCCUGGCUGCCGCUGUACGUCAUCUUUGCGAGGAUCAAGUUCGGCUCGGACAUCUCGCAGGAGGAGUUCGAGAUCCUCAAGAAGGUGAUGCCGGUGGCCCAGUGGCUGGGCUCCUCGAACAGCUGCAUCAACCCCAUCCUCUACUCGGUGAACAAGAAGUACCGGCGCGGCUUCGCUGCCAUCAUCAAGUCGCGCAGCUGCUGCGGACGCCUCAGGUACUACGACAACGUGGCCAUCGCCUCCAGCACCACCAGCACUCGGAAGUCGUCGCACUACCACCAGAACAGCUCGCGGAAGAGUCCGAGCAGCAAGGGCAACGCGGUGUCCUACAUCUACGAGCACAACUCGCUAAGGCGCCACAACAUGAUGCUCAAGCAGGACAGCAACCUGUCGCAGCAGAUGCUGCUCAAGCAGGACUCGCACGGCUCGCGCCAGUUCCUCAUCAAGCAGGAGAGCUCCUGCAGCGACGCCUCCGGGAUCCGGCGUCCCCUGUGCCAGCAGGACAGCAACGGCUCUAAGGUGUCGUUGUCCAAGCAGGACUCGAUUGUGUCCUACAUGGAGGCCCGUCGGGCGGCGGGACACGGUCUGAACGACAUGCCGGCCGACAGGGACAGCGUCUCCAUGGACGUCUCCCGGCGUCCUGGGGCCACCACGAGCACCCUGCUGGACAAGCGGCAGAAGUUCGUGAAGCAGGACUCGGUGAUCUCGUUCGUGGACCAGCGACCCGAGCAACGACGCCAUCAACUGGUCAAGCAGGACUCGGUGAUCUCCUUUGCCGACCAGCGACGCGGACUACUCCACAAACAGGACUCGCUGAUGGCCAACCGGACGGGUGACGCACCCACCCACCACGUCUCCAUCCUGAAGAAGACCGACUCGCAGCUCAGCUACGGCAGUUCCACGUCUCCGCGCAGGAAUGCGGAUCUAUACGAAUAAGUGACCCUGGGUUGAACGAGCUCCUAACUCUGGGUGGAACACCCUACCAUUUGUGUGGGUCGAUUUUUGUUGAACAAAAAAAGAUAGAAAGCUAUGGCGAUUAAAGUAAUCCCAAUUACAAUAUAAUUUUAACUCUUCAGUUCUUAACAAUAAUACGAAUUGCUUUAAUUAUUCUUUGGAUCACAUAGCCCCCUAAGAUUUUUGCUCAACAAAUCGACCCACCCUAACAUACAAACUAACGCAACGAUACCAAAAACUUACCGAACCACAAAGAGAAAUCCUUGUAUAUUUCUACAGAUCGAAAGAGAGCAGAGUGAUAGGGCCUACGACUGUGAUACAAGUCGGCAGUGCUGGUGGGUUCAGAACUUGGGCUAGUCAGUGCCGCACAUAUCCGUCAUCGUCGUUGGGACAGGAUAGUGGAUAGGAUAGAGUGCCAGUAGGGACGGACCAAUUGGGGUGGGUAUAUCUAAUCAGAGAUCGCUUAGCUAGAAACAGACACGGCACGGAAAGCGGGACUACACAACCACAGCCACAAUCCACAGAAAACCGAAACCGAAAGCAGACACUCCCCACAGACCUAAUAGUUAAUAGAUGUUUUAUACGUGUUUCAGAGGUACUACACAAGAUAUGAACUACUCCUUGGCUAUGGCUAUAUAAUACCUACAUAUAUGUACCGUUACGCAGUUUUAAGAUUGUUUGUACUCGCAAUUUGCUAUAUCGAAAAGUUUGGUUAAGAGUGGGCGGUAAAAACGUGGGAAAAAUGAAGGGGUUAAAAUAGCUUUGCUAAACUUUUUGUACGAACGGCGAACGUGAGUGAAACGGGCAAGUCCAGUAUCAUAGUUGAGAAACGAAAACAAAACAAAAUGAGAUAACACCGAGGUCUAAAGUAACGUACCUACUAAAUUUUUGUAUGGAAAUUCUUACAAUUUAUACAUAUAUAUUUAUAUUGAUUUUGGAAUAAGCAAUAUGCAAUACAAGCGUAUGUCUGCGCGUACGCCGUGUAUCUAUCGAACAACAAUAAUCAAUUUUAUUAGAAUUUUACACAACCGAGUCGCGGCAGCGGAAAUGGCACAGCAGCGAAAAAUGGAAAAUGAAAAUGGCAAAUAGGAAAUGGAAAAUGGAAAAUGGUUAGUAAUCGCAAUACAACGGAAGGGCGAAUGAUUGGCACAACAUCAUAGCUUAGUUAUCGGACACGUAGUCGGCCAAUCGCCGAUCAUUUCGAUAAAAUCGAUUUCGAUUGAUCGGCGGGUGGCAUAGUGAUGGCAUCGAACGCGCACAAAGUAGCACUUGACCAUGCUGGGACAGAGUCGACGGGAUGGGGUAGAUUAGGGACUAGGGAUAGAUUAGGAUUAGCUGGACGGAGCAGUUGGUUGUCCGCUAAGUGAGCACAAAGCAGUCAAAGAUUUCGCACUAAACGUAUCACUACAAACUAACAAAGAAGCAAACAAUAAUCGAACUCAAAUUCGUUAAACACUAAACACCAAUGAACUUUAAACUAUAUGAAAUAAAAUUUUAACGGAUAACGGGAGUAGGCGGAAUCAAUGGUAAAACUAUGAAACUAAACGUAAAGAUUAACUAUGCAAUUUUAUUGUUAGCCAAAAUUUUAUAAAUGUCAAGUAACGAACAAGUAAAUAUUUAUAUGUAUACAGAAUAUAUCAAGUAUAAAGCAUACGUUAUAUAUCUUUAUAUACUUCGAUGGCAUUAGGCGCUGAUUUGUGGAGUUUUGGCCUGCUUCAAUCCGAUUGGAGAUUAGUUUAGCCGUAUUCCUCGCUCUCCAUUAUUCAGACUUGGGGAGCUCAAAGCCCAGUCCAAGAACCGAAAGAGUUGAAUUCUCGACGAGGACACGCACGACAUGGUCCAAACUCCAGCGCUUAAUGCAUGGCAAGAAUCUACAAUGAGGAAUAUCAAUAAUAUAUUUCAAAUAUACAUACAUAUAUUUAUAUAGGCCUAGCGACUCAUUUGCCAGCGGUAUUGGCAACCAACCACAGAACCGAACAACAACGUCUAGUAAACAAGAGAUUACAUUUAUACGAAUACAUAUUAUAUGCUGCAAGUAUGUAAAGCGCGCAAUAGAAAUGUCCUUUCCCGCUUUCGAUUCCACUUAAAGAAGAACCCGAAAGUAGCGAGCAGGCGGAUUUAAGCAAAAGUAAUAUUUAUCGAGUAAACCAAAUUGAACUUUAGGUUUUAAAGUUUUAAAACGUAGAGCAUACCCAUACUCACUUGCAUGAGCAUUAUGAUAUCUAAAAAGAGAUCGCGCGUUAACCAGUUAAACAGAAAGCAUGGCAUUAAUGGCAACACAAUAUUAUAUAUGUAAAUAUAUGUGUUUAUGCAUACAUAUAUAUGUAUAUUUAUCGCAUAGAACUAACACCAAAGAUACAUGCAUGUUAGCAGAAAUAAUGAAUAAAUAAAUA